GUGUACUCUUCUUUUACAGCUCUACAGUAAUUUACCGCGCAAUGGAAUCACCAAAUUGUUAUUUGGUCUUACAAGACAACACUAUACUGGCGGGUCGCGCUUUUGGCGCUAAAACACCCAUCGAUGGUGAAGUUGUCUUCCAAACCGGCAUGGUCGGUUAUCCCGAAUCGAUGACUGAUCGCUCAUAUCGCGCACAAAUACUUGUACUAACUUAUCCGUUGAUCGGCAAUUACGGCGUGCCAGAUGAGAAGGAACUCGACGAACAUGGCUUGCCGGUGAACUUCGAAUGGUUCGAGGGUAUUACAGUGGCUGCUUUGGUGGUGGGUGAAGUGUGUGAAGCACCCUCACAUUGGCGGACGCGCCAGACGCUUUCGCGUUGGAUGGAAGGUUAUGGGGUGCCGGGCAUAAGCGGCAUUGAUACACGCGCACUUACGAAAAAGAUACGCGAAAAUGGGUCCAUACUGGGGCGCAUUGUCUAUGAGAUGCCAGCAGCGAAUGUACAAAUGCCAACCUUCGCCGAUCCGAACUUGCGCAAUCUGGUUGCUGAGUGUUCGGUUAAGGAGCCGCGCGUCUUUAAUGCCUCUGGGACGCCACGGAUUUGUGCGAUCGAUUGUGGUUUAAAACUGAAUCAGAUUAAAUGUUUUGUGGCACGCGGUGCGCGUGUAGACUUGGUGCCAUGGAAUUAUGCGCUGAAAGAGGAGGAGUUCGAUGGGCUAUUUAUUAGUAAUGGUCCUGGUGACCCGGUCAUAUGUAAGGAUACUGUUACGCAGAUACAAAAGGUGCUGAAAAAUGGAAAGAAACCCAUAUUUGGCAUUUGCUUGGGUCAUCAGUUGCUCGCAACAGCUAUCGGCUGCAAGACAUAUAAAAUGAAAUAUGGUAAUCGCGGACACAAUCUGCCAUGCGUACACCAUGGCACCGGGCGCUGCUUCAUGACUUCACAAAAUCACGGCUUU